AUGUGCGACUGCUUCCACGUGGUGCUGCCCACCUGGCCCGGAGCCCCCGGCAGCGUGUCUGGACGACAGCUGCAGAACCAGGAACCAGGGGUUGGGACUGAGGAGGACUACUCUGUGACUGAAGGGCCUGUGGGUGAGAUCAUUCGGCCGAGGCCACAGGGGUCCUCCCCUGUUUAUGAAUACACAGCUGAAGGUGCUGGCUUUGGAGCCCAGGAAAACAACCAGGGCAGGCACAGCUCCUCUGGCAGACGGAGAUCCUGGUGGAAAAGGGAUUCAGGAGAAUCCACAGCCUUUUCCAGCAUGAGUCAUCCAGAGUCUACCCGGGAGGCAGCAGAGGUGACACUGAAGACUGAUGUAGAGUCAGGAGCCAGUGGCUACACUGUCACAGGUGGAGGGGACCAGGGCAUCUUUGUCAAGCAAGUGCUGAAGGACUCCUCCGCAGCCAGACUCUUCAGCUUGAGAGAAGGGGAUCAACUUCUCAGUGCAACCAUAUUCUUCGACCACAUGAAAUAUGAAGAUGCUCUUAAAAUCCUUCAGUACUCAGAACCAUACAAAGUUCAGUUCAGAAUCAAACGGAAACUCUCUGCCAGCAAGGGAGAGGAGUCAGCCAUUCAGCAAUCUCAGCAAUGUUUGAAAGGCCAGGAAAAACAGGACAAGGCCAGUGCUGACAGAUACAUGGAGACCCCGACAAAGACGUUAGAGACAGAUGGAGACCGAGAACGGCUGAUUUCUAAGUCCAGGGACGGUCGCCAGAGGCGGCCCCAGGACAGACGCUCCUGGCCAAAAUUUCAAGCCUUAAGGAGCAAGCGGGGGACAUGCCCCCGACGCUCACACAGUUCCUCAGAAGCCUCAGAGCACAGGGACACACAUGAUGUGUCCCCCACAAGCACAGACACAGAGGCCCAGCUGACAGGUGACAACCGAGAGCAGAAGUCAGGGUCAGGAAGACGAAGGAGAAGGUUCCUGAACCUGAGAUUUGGGAUGAGCUCAGGAGAAGGCCCCAAUACAACUGAGCAAGUGGACAGAGAGCUCCAGGACAGGCAGGAUCGUGCUGGAGGGCUGCAAGAGUCCAAACCACAGGAGGACAAGGCACAGACACCCAGAUUCAUGUCUGCCCUAACUAUGCAGAAGCCUACAAAGUCCAGUCACCCCAACUUGGACAAAGAAGGCCCUGGAGAAGUGAAAACAGACACACAUCACAGAAAGAAGAAGCAGUUGGCAAAACAAGACAAGGAGAAGACACUUGGCCAGCAUAGAGAUGAGCCAGCCCCAGGAAGGAGCUGGGAUGACCAAUGGGAGGAGGUAGAGAGCCUGGAAAUUGGAAUUGCAAGAUUGUCUCUGCAAGACAAACCUGACCAAGGCAGCUCACAGGUUUCACAAUGUCACGGGAAAACCCAGGAAGCUGGGUUUUCCCAAAAAAAGAAAGAGACAAAAAGAUACACGUCAGAGGUUGUCCUAGGAGAGGGGGUACAUGGAGAAUCAGGGGACAGGGACCAGAAAACGAUGCAGGGAGAAGCAGCUUCACAGGGAGGAACAAUAAACUAUACAGAAACAGGAAGGGACGAUGGGAGAGAAAGUGGCCGAAAAGAAGAGAAGAGAGAAGACACUGAACAGGUAACACAGACGCAACAAAUAAAGAUGAAGAUGCCCAAAUUCAGGACACCGUCCUUCGGAUGGUCUCCAACAAAGGAAGUAACAACCAUGAAAAAAAGACAGGAAGAAAAGACAUUGGAUUAUGAAACAAUGGAGGAAGAAACACCAAAUGAGUCCAAAGAAAGAAAACAGAGGAACAAUGUAAAGGACAUAGAGACACGAGAGAAAACAGAAGAUAGAGUGAGAACAGGGACAAUAGAAGAAGAACAAAAAAGGAAGGAACGAGAGUACCCCCAAACGGAAUUAAGAUUCAAGAUGCCCAAGUUCAAGAUGCCCUCGUUCAGCGUGUCCGCGCCUGGCAAGCCGUCCCUGGAGGCCUCGCUGGAGGUGGCGGCGCCCAAGGUGGAGGCGGACGUGGGUCUGCCCUCCGUGCAGGGCGACCUCAAGACCCCUGACCUCAGCAUUCAGCUGCCCUCCGCCGACCUGGAGGUCAAGGCUGGCCAGGUGGGCGUGAAGCUGCCCGAGGGCCAGCUGCCCGAGGGAGAGCUGCCCGCCCAGGCUGCUGCUGGGGCCGGCCUGAAGGGCCACCUGCCCAAGGUGCAGAUGCCCAGCCUCAAGAUGCCCAAGGUGGACCUGAAGGGCCCCCACGUGGACCUGAAGGGCCCCAAGGUGGACGUGAAGGGCCCCAAGGGAGAGCUGAGCGGCCCCGAAGUGGACGUGGCCCUGCCCGGCGUGGAGGUGGACAUCCUGGCCCCGGGUGCCAAGCUGGAUGGGGACCUGGCCCUGGCCGACAAGGACGUGGCCGCCAAAGACAGCAAGUUCAAGAUGCCCAAGUUCAAGAUGCCCUCGUUCGGCGUGUCCGCGCCUGGCAAGCCGUCCCUGGAGGCCUCGCUGGAGGUGGCGGCGCCCAAGGUGGAGGCGGACGUGGGCCUGCCCUCCGUGCAGGGCGACCUCAAGACCCCUGACCUCAGCAUUCAGCUGCCCUCCGCCGACCUGGAGGUCAAGGCCGGCCAGGUGGGCGUGAAGCUGCCCGAGGGCCAGCUGCCCGAGGGAGAGCUGCCCGCCCAGGCUGCUGCUGGGGCCGGCCUGAAGGGCCACCUGCCCAAGGUGCAGAUGCCCAGCCUCAAGAUGCCCAAGGUGGACCUGAAGGGCCCCCACGUGGACCUGAAGGGCCCCAAGGUGGACGUGAAGGGCCCCAAGGGAGAGCUGAGCGGCCCCGAAGUGGACGUGGCCCUGCCCGGCGUGGAGGUGGACAUCCAGGCCCCGGGUGCCAAGCUGGAGGGGGACCUGGCCCUGGCCGACAAGGACGAGGCCGCCAAAGACAGCAAGUUCAAGAUGCCCAAGUUCAAGAUGCCCUGGUUCGGCGUGUCCGCGCCUGGCAAGCCGUCCCUGGAGGCCUCGCUGGAGGUGGCGGCCCCCAAGGUGGAGGCGGACGUGGGCCUGCCCUCCGUGCAGGGCGACCUCAAGACCCCUGACCUCAGCAUUCAGCUGCCCUCCGCCGACCUGGAGGUCAAGGCCGGCCAGGUGGCCGUGAAGCUGCCCGAGGGCCAGCUGCCCGAGGGAGAGCUGCCAGCCCAGGCUGCUGCUGGGGCCGGCCUGAAGGGCCACCUGCCCAAGGUGCAGAUGCCCAGCCUCAAGAUGCCCAAGGUGGACCUGAAGGGCGCCCACGUGGACCUGAAGGGCCCCAAGGUGGACGUGAAGGGCCCCAAGGUGGAGCUGAGCGGCCCUGACGUUGAGGUUUCCCUUCCUAAUAUCAUUUCUCCUGUUUGCUCUUCAAGUACCUUUUUGGGGUCACAUGACUCUUUUGAUACUCCAGUCACCUCUUUUAAAGCUCAACUUUUGUUUCCUAAGUUCCAUAAACCUAAGUUUGUCAUUUCCAUUCCCCCAUCGUCCGCAGAAUAUGGUUGUCCUGUGUCUGAGAGUGGCAUUCACUCUUCUCUUAGUCCUUCUGCAAUGUCAGAGUCUUGCGCCCCCCUUGUUCUGUCUUCAGAACCACCUGUUUCUCCUGUUGUGGAGGAAUCCUCGAUAGAGCCUGCAUUGACUUCUCCCGUUGAAGCAUCUGAUCAGGAAGGAAAGGGAAGUUCCUUCAAAUUGCCACGCAUCAAGAUCCCUCCAUUCCACUGGUCUCCCAAAAAGGAAGGAGGGUCUGCAAGUGAUUCUGAGUCUCUUCAGGUGGACCCCAUCACUGGUUUAGGCUUCUCCAUGAUUGAAACGGACACUCAAAUUGGGACAUGUGCUUCCCCAGUGGAGUCACAGCAGCAUGCAUCUAUGGAGAAGGAAACAGAGAAGGGAAGAACCCGGAAGCUGAGCUUUUCCUUGCCACGGCUUGCACUCCCCAAGAUAAAGGGUUCUAAGGGUCGGGCUGCCAUGCUCCAGGGAGAUGUGAAGCCUUCACUUCCUGGUACUACAGCUGGUGUUGACUUGGUAGUCAUAGAAACCACUGUCACUGAUAUGCAUGUUGGGAGCACUCAUUCAUCAGAUGUCACUACAGAGCCCUGUGUCAUAUCCCCCUCCAUGACAGCAGGGGUGACUGGGCCCAAAGCUGAUCUUCCACUUCCCAAAGAUGACCUGGAUGUCAGAGGUGACAGCAAGAGUCAUCUGUUUGUGGGUGUGUCUGCAAGUGAGCCCCUUGGGGGACUGACAGCAUCUAUAACUGGAGAUCUGCAGCCAUCCUGUAGACAAAGAGAUAUUGCCUCCACCAUGGAAAGCCCUGAGAUGGAUCCCACAGCAAAAGAGAUGUCAACAGGCUCGCAUGAACGCUGGUUCAAAAUGCCUAAGUUCCGAGUUCCUGUUUUUAGGCGCUCUUCAUCCAAGGAGCAAGAUGGGGCUGGAGAACAGGAAGCUACUCAGACACAGACUCCUGCUGUCAGUGUACCCUUAGAGACAGAAGUAGCAGCAGCCACUGUGCAGCUGCCCCAUGUGCCUGAGCCGAAGGUAGGGGCACAUGUCUCCCUGGAGUCCCCAGAGGAAGGGACCAGUGUGAAGACCCCAGAAAGCCUGACGUAUGCAGAUGUUGUAAAACGUGAUCUCCAUGGAACAGGCUCUAGGCUGCAGAGCUCCAUUGCUGGGAUGUCUGAGACACAUCUGUCCACCCCUGAGUUAGGGACCCAUCCAGCUAAGGACUCCUUCUCCCUUGAGAUGUCUGGUGUGAGAGUCUCAGAACCCCAGCUUCCUCCAGAAGGAAUAGGAGGAAACAUUCUUGCUGAGGUGGAGGCUAGAACAGGAAGUUGGUCUUCCCAGCCGCAAGGGCCUCUGAGGCUGAAGGCUUCCCUCACUGAGAUGCCAUCCCAGGUCUCUGUGGUGAGCACAAGUCAGCUUUGGGAGGAUUCUGUGUUGACUGUAACAUUCCCCAAACUAAAGGUGCCCAAGUUCUCCUUCCAAGCCUCCAGCUCUGAGGCUGAUGUAUUCUUCCCUGUGGUGAGGGAGGUGCAAUCUACAGAGGCCAGCACUGGCAUGCGUAAAGACAGCCCUGGGCUCUGGGGAGCCAGCAUUCUAAAAACAGGAGCUGAGGAUCCCAGAGCGCCACCAGCAAGCCUUGAGCAGUCCUUGGAAGCAUCCCCAAUUUCUAAGGUCAGAGUGCACAUUCAGGGGUCUCAAGGUGAGAGUCAAGAAGUCAUGAUCUGCAGCAGGGUGGAACGAGAGGGUUCGGAUUCCUCAGCACACGGAGCCUUUUCCACUCAGAUUGUGCGGGAGUCAGAGAUUCCUGCUUCUACAGUUCAGAAUCCUUCUUAUGGGUUUUCUUUGCUGAAAGUGAAAAUCCCAGAACCCCCCCUGCAGGCUAGUGUGUAUACUGUGGCUCCCGACUCCCAGGUGCAACAGGGCAUGGGUGGAGCUCCCUUGCCCGCUGUUGGCGAUAUCCCACCUGAUGCCGGCGAACCAUUUGAAAUGAUCUCUUCCAGUGUUGGCAUGCCGCCGCCCCCACCACCACCACCACCGAUAUCAUCUGAGGGGCCUCCUGGGCCCCAGUCUACGGACAGCACCUCUGAUGAGGAGCCAGCCGAGAUUCUUGAAUUUCCCGAGGACAGCCAGGAGGUAAAGACCCCUGAGAUGGCUACAAAACAGAAAUCAGAAGGUAAAAAGGCCAGCCUGUUGUGGUCCUGGCUUCCAAGCAUUGGCUUCUCCUCUGUGGAAGAGACGGCUGAUGAUUCCAGAGACACCGCCCAAAGACCGGCUCCAGUCCACGUGCAGCCUGCAGCUCGGCUGGACCCUGAACUGCCCAGGAAACAGGAGAAGGCAGGCUGGUUCCGGUUUCCCAAGUUAGGGUUCUCCUCUUCGCCUACCAAGAAGAGCAGAAGUGCUGAAGAUGAGGAAGGGCAGGCAGAGCAGAGACCCCAGGAAGAAACUAUCACCUUUUUUGAUGCUCGAGAAAGCUUCUCUCCCGAGGAGGAGGAGGGGGAAGCUGAGACAGAGGUGACAAAUGCCAGGCCCGGUUCCAAAGCGACGGUGGCAUCCUCUGCAAGAACAGAACUAGUACUGUUGGAACAGACUAAAGACACCGGUGACAAAUCUGCACCCAGGCCUGUGGCCAAAUGAGGGCCAGAAGUCAGAGUCAGUGCAAGUGACAAGCUGAGCUAAAAGCCAGGGGCUGGGUACCACGAAAGCACCCUCCCCUAGAGUACAUGUUGUCCACCUUGAUCCACAGACUUGAAACCAGCGCAGAAAUGAAUAGUGCGUCGGUCACACCACACAGCCCUCCUAUAUGAAACCGAAAUAAUGCUAGUUGCUUCCAAGCCUUGGGAGCAAUGAAGGCAGCAAGUUACUGCUGGAAAACUCCGCUGGCCUUAUGGGGUGAGUCUCAAGAGGCCACCCGAUGCCAGGAGAUGAGCAUUGCCUCGGAUGUUCCCACAUCUGUGAGUUGAAGGAGCUUUGGUGUAAUCUCUGCUCCACUGUUGCUGUUUCCCGGUGAGUUCUAUUUUCCUGUCAGGCAGAAUAUGGUGUGUCCUGGGAAAGCGCCUUUCCUUCUCGCUCAUGAACUUCCUCCUUUGGUGACUAUUUCACUAAUGGCAACCUUUGGGACGUUGACUAUGAUGAUGUUCACCCAGCCGUCUCUCUCCACUCCGCCCUGCUGCCUCACAGCCAAAGUCUGGACAGUUAUGUUACAUUUUCAGCGCCCUACGCAUUCUCAUCACACAAGAUAAGUCAUGUAGUUUCUUUUAGGCUAGUAUGUGUAGCAGAAGGGUCUGGCCGGUGGUGGGUUACAGACACGGGUUUGCUGUUAGUGUCUAUUGGUGUGUGUCUCUUUGUCUACCUGUCUGCUGGUGUCAACUGUUUUCCCAGGUGUGUACAAGCCCUUUGCUCUGGCUCCUGAGCACCUCAUGAACUGACUGCAGCCCAUACAGACGGUCCCAUUCAGUCACCUCCUGCUGAGCAAUAAAGGGAAUGAUGCACCCAGUGGUCCAGUGUGCAGAGGUCUUUAGCUCUGGUGUCGUCAUGUAUGCCGCUGCUUGCUCCCUCCCCCCGCACCUCAGUCUCCAUCUCUAUUGUGU